UUGCAGGCCCAUCACGCAAGACUACGAUAUCAAGGAUUAAAGUUAUCGAAUAUUCCGAUCAAAUCCCGCCUGCUCUUGCUUUUUGCCUAUAAAUAUAGAGAAAUCCCGACGAGGUUGCAGCCUCACCAGUCACCACAACUGCAAGCAAAACAAAGGCAAACAAAGCCCCUAAAGUAAGAAGGAAAAAUAGAGAAACCAUGAAAUCCAUUCACCCAAUCCUCGUUCAGAUUCUUAUAAUACAAUUUUUGGCAGCGCUAUGCGUUUCACAGGAUUUCGACUUCUUCUAUUUUGUUCAACAGUGGCCAGGUUCGUACUGUGAUACAAAGCAAAGUUGCUGCUACCCAGCUACAGGGAAGCCUGCAUCGGAUUUCAGCAUUCAUGGACUUUGGCCCAAUUACAAUGAUGGAUCGUACCCAUCCAACUGUGAUCCCAAUAGCCCUUUGGAUUCAUCGGAGAUCUCGGACUUGACCAGUAGAAUGCAGAGGAGUUGGCCAUCGCUUAGCUGCCCAAGCAGUGAUGGUCUCAAGUUCUGGUCGCAUGAAUGGCAGAAGCAUGGGACUUGCUCAGAGUCUGUCCUCGAUCAACACGGAUACUUCCAGUCAACUCUCAAUCUCCAGAACAAAGCCAACCUCCUCCAAAUCCUACGAAAUGCAGGAAUCCAGCCCAACGGAGGCUUUUAUAGUUUGGACAGUAUUAAGGAUGCCUUAACACAAGGAAUUGGAUAUACUCCUGGAAUAGAGUGCAACGUUGAUAAGUCCGGAAAUAGUCAGCUAUAUCAGAUAUACUUGUGCGUGGACACAUCGGCCUCCAACUUCAUCCAGUGCCCAAUACUCCCGAGCAGCAGGUGCAGUUCGAGAAUCGAAUUCCCUUCCUUCUGAGCAAGGAACGGCAGAGGCCAGAGGGGUUUCUCUUUCGACGUUGUAACCGUUGUUAUAUUAAAUUCAAAUAUCAUGCAUAUCCUCGAUCAUAACUAGACCCCUGUGCUGAUGCUGAUAAUAAAAUGUAUAAAUAAAAAUAAAGUGGAGGAAAAUUCAUGUCAUCUUAUUUGAGAAAUUAUAAACAAAU